AGAAGAUAUGGAGUUAGCCAAGCUUUGCGGUCACGUCCUGUGGUAUCAGUUUUUAAGGAAAGUCCUUUUCUAUGGAGUGGCGGGCACAUUCGUGAUGGACGUGGUCGUUGGAUGUCCGCAGGACAAGAUAGGCCGUGUCAUAGCUUGCCUGACCAGUCCAGCUGGAGAACACGGAGACUCGGCCCUAUUAUCUGGCAGGGACGUUAGAGAAAUGGAAAAGUACUGUAGAAAUGGGGGUUCAACGAGCAUGCUGGACUGUAUCACCGCUCUGUUUGACAACUGUACACAGUCAGAUGAAAACGAAUUGCUUGCCAAGUUUGCAGACCGGCAGAGGCUCAAUUUGACAUUUGUACGCUUCUGUGAAAAUUUCGAAGUAUAUAGAUCAAACAGCAGAUGUAUUUCCGAUCAGGAGCAGAUAGUGCACGCAUGUCACGAGGACUCAAAGAAAACAUUGGUACCACUCGGACCUGUACAUACAGUAUGCAGAAAUUUCCAGACUACGUACGAGUGCAGCACGGGCCCCGUAACAAGAGCGUGCGGACGACAGACGGGUGAUGUCAUCGGUAACUUCCUACGAGGAAUCACACCACCAAUAUGUCAAGGAUAUGACCACAGAGACCCGACAUCCACAGCGCAUGUCAGCAAUGCACGUGACAGUCACGUGAUAGCAAGCGUCACACUGUCCGUUAUACUUAUGCACUCAAUUUCAAAGAGAUGGCAAUAUGUACAAUGUAUGUAGGAAUGGGUUCCCGAAAUACAAAAAAACGGUUGAUGUACGUCACAUCAUUCAUCAGGCGAGAUGUAGAACUGUAGUUGGCGAUGCUCAGUCAGGUUCAGCUACAAAAACCAAUAAACUUAUUCAUAUCGUAAUUACUCAAUACAUAAGUGGAUAAAUAUGACGUUUACGAAGUCUCACAACUUGUCUUCGUCUUGUUUUCACGGGGAAACGCAGCAAUAAUAAAGAGUUAAAUGCGUUGUUUUCAAGCGAAAGCUAGGCCUCGUAUAUUAAAGUCGUAAGAACAAGAUAGAUUCGUCAAUUUACUAUCAGGUUUACCAUCAAAUGACUAUCAGGUUAUCUAAAAGUACAUUUAUGAAACUAACAAAAAUAUUUUUAUUAUAUCUUAUAAAAAUAUUCACAUGUAAAUAAUACAUAUUUUGUAUAAUAUCUGGGUGUUUUUUUCCAAAUAUAUGAUCACGUCAUGUUAACAAUCAAAUGUAAUACAUGUUUGUCGAUGUUACAAUAGAUAUCAAGUUAAUUAUCAUCUUGACUAUCAAGAUUUGGUAAAAAAAAAAAUCGAACGAUACAUUAUGUGAAUAAUGCAUGUUUUGUAUAUCAUCAGUUUAUUUCUAAGAUAUCAAUAUAAUAUAAAUGGUGACGUAAAACGUUCUAUAUAAUGUUUUUGUAUUUAAUGACGUCACAUUAGUUAUCAAAUUUAUAACAUAUCCAAUGUACCACAUGUAUAAUGAGGUCACGUAAACUAGCCAACGUACCACAUGCAUGAUGACGUCACGACAUUAUUAAGUUUGGUUAAUGAUACAGUAAUGAAACGUGUUUGAUCACGUCACGUCACGUUAACUUGUCAGCAUAUUGCAUGCACGAUGUCGUCGAAUGUAUCAUAAUUUUGACACUUUCUAAAGUAUAACAUGUAUGAUGACGUCAUAUUAACUAUCACAUGUAUUACAUUCAUGAUGAGGUCAUGUUAACUUUCCAACGUAUUUUAUAUAUGAUGACGUCAUAAUAACUUUUCGUUAUUGUAUAUGUUACCGUGAAGUAUCAUGUUUGUUAUUAAGUCAUGUCAGCUAUCCAACAUGUAUGAUGUCAUAUUUACUCUUCAUUGUAACACAUAACCACUUGUUAUGUAACAUGUUGGGCUUAUUUAAUCAAUGAAAUUAAUAUAUUUUGAAUGACAACGGAAUUUUUGGAACAUUGCAUGUCUUUUUUCAUUGAAUAAAGCAGUUUAAUACAUUU